GCAGCGAGGGGAAGGAGCGUGGGGCGGUGGGAGGGACCGUGGCCUCUGCGCCCCGAAGAAAGGGCUCAUUGAAGCAGGGACGGGCAUUUGCGGUUCCCGGCGUGGCCGGGGUCCGCCGGCACGCACAGCAGCCGGCAUUGUGCCACCGGCGCCAGGAAAACGGGGUCGGGCAGUCCUCUCACCCGCCCUGGUGGUCUGCUCCGUAGCCCCCCUCGCCGCCCGGCAGUUCGGUGCUUACCUUUGCUGCAGGUGGUGCUGCAAACCGCAGCCCAGCCCUGUCUGUGGUUUCCAGCAGGUUGCUUUCAAGGUUGAAGGUGUUUUAGCGGGGUCCUGGUCCAGAUCCAACUCCAGAGGCUGGUCCCUGCCUGGCAGAUGCACGUGUUUUACCCCGAGGCCCAGCACUGAGGUCUAUGAGCCCCGUCAGGUUCACCAGGGGCAGGAACAGCAGCUCUCCUCUCUGCUGGGUCAGGAGAAAACACUUCUCUUUGGACACCACCAAGGUGAGGGAGAGAAAAGACCGGUCUGUCCGGGCCAUGAAGCCCGUGCUGGUCCUGUCACCAACGUAUUGCGCCCUCACCAGCCCCUCACCCCUUCUGCACAGUGGUUUUUGGGACACGAGGAGCAAGGACAGCUCGUCUGGGUCGUCACAGGGAGCAGGUGGGACAGUAAAGGGUAGACAGGAGAAUGCAUCAUGCAUCUGGAGUUUCAGAGCUCAUGCAAUGAAAACAAAGUUGUUUCAGUGGUGCCUGCUUGUACCAACACCUGCUCCUGCUGCUGUUCCUGAGUAUAACCUCUUGAGUCAGAAGGACUUCCCAUUCCCAACUUUCUCCUCCAAUGGGCAGUUUCCAGGCUUCAAUUUGAGGGUUGUGACUAUUCUCGGCAACUUUAAAAACAUUGUAGGAGGUGGCUUUUUUCCCCUCUUUUUUUUAGCUUGACUAUACAUGUUUUUAACCAAAAAAUACCUGCCUGGACAGGCUCCUUAGCUGAGCCGCAGGGCAAACCGAAGCAGUGCUGUGCUUGUGCCAUGUCUUGGAGGAUAGCCAGGACCAGGAUGAAAAUUGCUGGGAGAUGAAAGCAAAGUGGGAAGCUCUGGUGGCACAUUUCCCAAGGCCAGCCUCGGGAGGAAGUUGGGAGCGGAAAUAGUCAAAAGAGUAAAUACAGAGGGUUUCUUUUUUUCCAGGUUGCAGACAAAGAGCUGCACAGAGAGCAGAUAAGCCCGUGCUCCUUAUCUCUUUGUUGUUCCGCCCCUGUGUUUUGCUGGUGUGAGUGUCUGCUGGAAGCCUGGUGAAGCUGGAGGGAAUUACUCAGAGCAGCAGCAGCACCGGGGGCAGCAAGCUCAGCCUGAGGUCACUGUGGGCUUCCGUGGAGGGAUGCAUGGGAGUGGAUGGGGGCUGGACGGACAGAAGGAUCUCAGGCAGGGAGGGAACUCUUGCUCGUGGGUGCUUCGUUGCCUUUCUGUGCCCACAGCUCAGUUGUUGCCUGUUGAGUCACCAGAGGAAAAUGUGACUUCAUCCCUUCUCACCUCCAGUUGGCUGCCCCUGGUAGCCACAGGCAUCUUUCUUUCCUGGAUCUCACCUGGUGGGGGUUCACAGCGGCCAGAGCUGGGGAAUGGGAGCCCCCGGGCUUUGUGGCCUCUGCUCUUCUCACCCCACCUGCACCACCAGUGGGAACAUCCAUCCCAUGAACCAGCUUGCUUCAGUGGACUGGAAUGAUUCCAGCAGACGGGAAUGAUCUGGUGUCUCCAUUACUGUGCAAGUCCUUCCUUCUUGCUGUGGCAAGGCAGGACUGGCAAGGCUCUAGCCCAAGACACAUUCCCAGCGUGCAGGAGGGACCUGUGUGCGCUCCCCAUGGAGAUCCGACGUGCUUUACCCCAGGAUAUCCGGGAGCUGCUGCACUGCUUGAAGAUGAGGAGCAAGUACGCCAUCCUGCUGGUCUUUGUCAUCAGCCUCGUCAUCAUCGAGAAGGAGAACAACUUCAUCUCCAGGGUGUCGGACAAGCUGAGGCAGUCCCCGCAGGCACUGGCAGAGGCCAACAGCACGGAGGUCAGCCCAGCACCGGCCAAGAACGGCUCUCUGGCCUCGCUGCAGGAGCUGGACGCAGCCUUCUCCCAGCUGAGGUCCCACCUGUACAACAUCACCCUGCAGCUGGCAGGUGACGGGGACCCCGGGCCACGGCGGCACGUCCUGCUGAUGGCCACCACCCGCACCGGCUCCUCUUUUGUCGGGGAGUUCUUCAACCAGCAGGGCAGCAUCUUCUACCUCUUUGAGCCCCUCUGGCACGUCGAGAAGACGGUGGCCUUCCUGCCGGGGGGAGCCAGCGCGGUGGGCUCAGCCUUGGUUUACCGAGAUGUCGUCAAGCAGCUCCUCCUCUGCGACCUCUACAUCUUAGAGAACUUCAUCUCACCAGUGCCCGAGGGCCACCUGACGCCCUUCUUGUUUCGGCGGGGCUCCAGCCACUCGCUGUGCGAGGAGCCCGUCUGCACGCCCAGCACCAAGAAGGUCUUCGAGAGGUACUACUGCAAGAACCGCCGCUGCGGCCCCCUCAACAUCACGCUGGCGGCCGAGGCGUGCCGGCGCAAGCAGCACGUGGCCCUGAAGACGGUGCGCAUCCGGCAGCUGGAGUUCCUGCAGCCGCUGGUGGAGGACCCCCGGCUGGACCUGCGCAUCAUCCAGCUGGUGCGGGACCCCCGCGCCGUCCUGGCCUCACGCAUGGUGGCCUUCUCCGGCAAGUACGAGACCUGGAAGAAGUGGGCGUCCGAAGGGGAGGCUCCCCUGCAGGAGGAGGAGGUGCAGCGGCUGCGGGGCAACUGCGAGAGCAUCCGUGUGUCGGCGGAGCUGGGGCUGCGGCGGCCGGGCUGGCUGCGGGGCCGCUACAUGCUGGUGCGCUACGAGGACGUGGCGCGGGCGCCGCUGCAGAAGGCGCGGGAGAUGUUCCGCUUCGCCGGGCUGCCCCUCACCCCGCAGGUGGAGGAGUGGAUCGGCAAAAACACGCAGGCUCCCCGCGACGGCAACGGCGUCUACUCCACGUGCAAGAACUCCUCGGAGCAGUUCGACAAGUGGCGGUUCAGCAUGCCCUUCAAGCUGGCGCAGGUGGUGCAGGACGCCUGCGCCCCAGCCAUGCGGCUCUUCGGCUACAAGCUGGCCAGCAGCCCCGCGGCGCUGGCCAACCGCUCCUUCAGCCUGCUGGAGGAGGCGCAGCCCGCCUGGGUCACGUAACGGCGCGGGGCGACGGCGGCGGGGCGGAACGAGGGGCUGCGGCCGUGCUCCCGGCCGGUCCGGAGACGACCUGGGGGGCCCUGCUCCCAAAAAUGCUCCUCGCUGCUGCCAGAUGGCAGCCCAGGAGCCAGAGCGUGCUGGCGGAGCUGGCCCCAGGGUCCUGCAGAGCCUGAAUGACACAAUUUCUCCAGGAGUGGGGAAAUGGUAAGGGUGAGAGGCGGUGGGGACGGCGACAGGACCACCUCCCCAGCUCGAGAGCUGCACUGAGGAAGAGGAGGGUGACGGUAAGCAGAGGGGGACAGGACCAAGCACCUCUGCCUUGCUACCCCGCAUGCCAGCUGGAACGGGGCGAGGACAAAAUCCCUGUGGUGUCAGCAAGCACCCAGACCUCAGAGACCUUCUUGGUUUAGUGCCUUCAUACACCAGCACAGAGUAGAAACUGCUCACAGAGCCCUGGCUGGCACUUGGGCUACAACAAAAUGAGGUAGCUAUGGUUUGGUGCUCUUCAAACUUGGUUUUGGAGGUUUGGGUUUAUUUCCUUUUUUCCCUGUGUAUUUGCAUACCAGGCGAAUUUAUUUAUUUAUUAUGUGAAAAGGAGGGGGAGGCUUGUCAAGGAGCUAAGCCCAAAAAUCAGAGCAGCAGAACAUACCACAAAGGGAGACACCCAGAACAGAGGUCAGGUUUUAGCUGGAGAGCAGCAGAUGUCCUUCUGUGUGAUCCUGGGAGAAGCCCCAGGGACUGACAGGCUGUUACCACCCCCAGCCCCGCCACUGUGAACUUCGGCGGUGCUGAAAGACGGUCAGACUCAUCUGAUUAAAAACAAAACCACCAGCACAGACUCCAAAGCAUCUCCUGUCUCCUUGGUAUUGGUGGGUGUCCUCUGCCCGGGGUGGAGCCCCAGAAAUACGUGCUAACAGCACUGGUGGCUGACCAAACCUGGUAGAGGCCCGGGGAGUUUCAGGAUGUUUGCCAUGUGCAGAUGGUGACCCAGUGCCGAGGUGCCCCCUUCAAUUCACAUUUAAUUCAUUAAAAUGCCUAUUUUUA